AAAGUUUUAAAAUUAGGGUUUUAGCGUUCUAUAUCCAACUCGUCUCGAUAUCCAACUCCGCCUUCAGGUCAUUGAGAGAAGCCGCAGCCUCGAGAUCAAACAGGAAGCAAAAUGCCGAAGCAAAUCCACGAGAUUAAGGAUUUCCUUCUAACUGCAAGAAGGAAGGAUGCACGCUCUGUCAAAAUCAAGAGGAGCAAAGAUGCUGUCAAGUUUAAGGUUCGAUGCUCCAAGUACCUUUACACUCUUUGCGUGUUUGAUUCGGAGAAGGCCGACAAGUUGAAGCAAUCCCUUCCUCCAGGUUUGAGCGUGCAGGACCUGUGAAGAAGAGAUUUGAGUAGCUUGACAAAAUCUAAGGAAUGCAAUGGAUUUGUUUUUUGUUGGGAAUUUUGAAGAAUUUAUGGAUUCAUGCCCUGGUAUUUGGGGUAUAUGUGUGGACUUAAGUUUUAUUUUAGUGGUUUUAUUUAUGGAUAUCUUGUUUGAAAUUUAGCA